AUGGGUAUACGCUAUUACAAAAAAAAACGAGCACUAAAAUAUACUGAAAAACAACUUCAAGAAAUUCUAAUUCGUGCUCGUCAUUUUUAUCGUGAAUUGUUAAAACAUGAUUAUGAACUGGUAAUGGAUGAUGAAAAAUAUUUUUUAUUACACAAUGAAUUUGUACCUGCCAAUCGUGAUUUCUAUUCAUCGGAUAGACAAACUACAGUUCCAGAUGCUAAAUUUAAAAGAAUCAAGAAUCAUUAUGGACAUGAUGUCAUAUGGUGUUUGAAUGAUAAUAAAGUAAAAUUCGUACCGAUCGAAUACAAUCCUCAAAACUGUCCACAAUCAUGUCCAAUAGAAACUUUAUGGUCAAUCAUCGAUGACAUGGUACACGACAAUGGCUGGGAAGCAAAAUCCAUUGAUCAAUUGAAAAGAAGAAUUAUUGCAAAAUUGAAAGAAAUCGAUCUGAAACUAGUACAAACUAUGCUUUCAGGUAUACGAACACAACUUCAAAAAAUUGCUGAUAAAGGACCUUACGAAGCUUGUUAUUUUUUAUUGUUGCAACUUUAG